UCUAUUGUCAGAUCCCAGUUGGCCUUUGGUGGGAAGUCGCUUCGCCACCAUCCAAAAUUAUUGGUUUUCGAAAGCAUUGUAAGGCCCACUAACCGGGCCUAGACUACCAGACAUGUCCGCGACCACCAGCGAAAGAAACAGGAAUAGCGUUGCAAGGAUUUGGAGCAGGCAAAGGCCUUCCCGCGUGGCUGAAAGUGCGCUGAUUGGCGAUGGUCACCACGUGCAUCGACACCGCCACGACCGCCCACAUCCGCCGCUCAACCAGCGGAUGUCAACAGCAGCGGAUCAACGGCCUCCAGCUCCGACAUCCCGCCGGAUCAACCUUCGCAAGAUGAGCCUGCAACGGAGCCUGGCCUUCUACAACCGGUUAAGAAGCCCCUUAAGAGGUCUUGCCUCCGGAUUUGGUUACCUCUUUGAGUCGAAUUUCAGCAUGAGCCGACAUCUGAGACCGAAUUUUCAUCUGACGAUGCCUGGAAGCUGGUUUGGGUUCCCCAACGAUGGAUUUGAGCUGGCCGAAGAUCUCCAGGAUAGCAGGAUCUUCUCGGGUCGACACCACUGGGACCGGGCUCAACUACAUUUCCAGCAGUAUCUGGGGCUACGCCAUCGUCAUCAGCACUGUCCUCGGUCAUUCUCUUUGAAACUGGAUCCAAGCACCAUAAACCUAAAGAUUAUUAACGAAAUGUUUUACGGAUUAGGUCUGACGGAGGUCUUGAGGCUGGCCUUCAACGAGGUGCUUCAUUUGCACUAGCAAUUUGUUGUCUUGGGUGCAUCCACGAUCGAUAAUAAAAUCUAUGGCCAAUCGAAA